AUGGACGACGUAACGUGUACUGGCAACGAAAGAUCAUUAACAGUGUGUUCUCACAGAGGUUGGGGAAUAGAAAACUGUGAUCAUGACGAAGACGCAGGUGUCCUGUGCUCAAGUAAUAAAAAAGUUAUUUUUGAGUAAUUAAUGCAUCGUUAUACAGUCCUUCACGCCCGGGCCUUCACGCCGCUAAGUGAGUUUGGCCGUAAAUGUUUCAUUGCAUGACGAGAUUCAUAGAGAUCUGAAAUCGUAGACCCCUGCUGAUGUUCGCCUAUUCAAUAGGCGAACAUCAGCAGGGGAGCUCUGUAGAAGUAAGGGACGGACCAUUAGAAAAGUUAUGGGGGGGAGGGGAAUUUUCGAGCUGCAAGAAUUUUUUUUCGUUAUCAGAUUCUUUGCAUGAAUUUUAUUUAGGCCAUUGCAUGAAUAUUUUUUAGGGUUAAUUGGCGUGCAUGAAUUUUUUUUCAUUUAAUUUUCCCUUGCGCGAAUUUUUUUUUUGUACUUCGCCCGCCCCCCCCAUAAGUUUUCUAAUGGUCCGUCCCUAAUCAACUUUUUACGGCUCAUUUGCUUGGAGGUGACAAAUUCUCAUAUCAACGGAAUUCCUGUACGUCAACAAGAUUUCGGUUCAACAAAGAACUCAGCUACAAAUUAGCCGCAUUGGAAGUCUUUCUGCCGAACCGGAGUGCAUUUGCCUCUGUAGUGGCUGCUCUUAAAAUUUAUUGUACUUCGAGAAGAGUGAUUUUACGCACUUCUUACUGAGGAAUUUUCCAUUGUAUAUUUUCUUUACUUGUAUUUAUUAAACACUAAGCGCCAGUUACUUAGCUGGUAUAUUACAAAAUCGCGUCAUAAUUAAGCCCUUUUCUGUUUAACCAACGCUUUUAUCAAACCUUAUUUAUCGUGAAUAAUUUCAAUACAGCAUAUAAGGCAGACUGGAAAACUAAAGCACUUAUUUUCUUAAACUAACCGACCAAGAAAUUAAGAGGCCUGGAGGUCCAAUGAUUUCUGAAACCGCGGCCUAAGGUAACCCGUAAUGGUUUGAAAGUAAUGUCACUCUAUUUUCUUUUUGCCUCUCUCGCAAGUGAAAGUCAGAGUUCACAGAGACUGUGCGGUUUUCUCGAGUGCGUUUUAGAAGCUGCCUUAACGGAAAGGUUACUACACUACCGGAAUUAAAACAUCGAGGAUAUUAUUAAUUUAAAGCCGCGGAGUCUUUUCCCCAACAAUGAAUAAUAUUACCUCUAACUUUCUGCGAUAACGCUGCAAAAUAUUUCAGAUUAUUUUUCAACCGAAUAGGCUGCGAAUUUAAUGCGAUGAUCAUGUUCACUUUCUUACCUUCAUCCGCAUUUCAAAUAUUUCAAUUCAUGCUUACAAGAUCUCCCUAAUUUUAUGUCUGAACGCAAGGCUUUUUUAAUGGAAACUUCAUUCAAGGGCAGAACUAACACUAAGCGCUAAACGGAAACUGCCUUAUGAAAAAACUUUUAAAAUUGACGCGCUGUUUUAAAGGCCUCACUGGAUCUCUAUGGGGUUAAAUACAAAUGUAAGCGAAACACUAAUUUUGCAAUAUUUAAAUAAUGUCUAAAAAAAAAGCUUUCCUCUGAGAUACGUGGCGAAUAAAAUUCUCACAGAGCCACAGCCUAAAAAGGCUAAGCUACUCUGUUGAAUCAGGAAGGCCAAACUUUUUGUCUUAAUGCUGGACAAAGAUUCAAACAAUAUCUAAAAGCGAGUUUUUAGUUCCCUCUGAGACACCCGGAGAAUAAAAUUCUCACAGAGCCACAGCCUAAAAAGGCUAAGCUGCUCUGUUGCAUCAGGAAGGCCAAACUUUUUUUCUUACUGCUGGACAGAGAUUCAAACAAUAUCUAAAAGCGAGUUUUUAGUUCCCUCUGAGACACCCGGAGAAUAAAAUUCUCACAGAGCCACAGCCUAAAAAGGCUAAGCUGCUCUGUUGAAUCAGGAAGGCCAAACCGCUUUACUUAAUGCUAGACGGAGAUUCAAACAAUAUCUGAGAAGCGAGUUUUUAGUUCCCUCUGAGACACCAGGAGGAUAAAAUUCUCACAGAGCCACAACCUAAAAAGGCUAAGCUGCUCUGUUGCAUCAGGAAGGCCAAACUUUUUUUCUAAAUGCUGGACAGAGAUUCAAACAAUAUCUAAAAGCGAGUUUUUAGUUCCCUCUGAGACACCCGGAGAAUAAAAUUCUCACAGAGCCACAGCCUAAAUAGGCUAAGCUGCUCUGUUGCAUCAGGAAGGCCAAACUUUUUUUCUAAAUGCUGGACAGAGAUUCAAACAAUAUCUAAAAGCGAGUUUUUAGUUCCCUCUGCCUCUGAGACACCCGGAGAAUAAAAUUCUCACAGAGCUACAGCCUAAAAAGGCUAAGCUGCUCUGUUGCAUCAGGAAGGCCAAACUGUUUUACUUAAUGUGGGGCAUACACUAUCAUCUUCACGGAUCCAAUCAGUGCAAAAUUAAAUAAAGCUUUAAUCUGUAAAUCAAUUUUUGGUUUAAGAAAUUUUACUCACUUUUACUAACUGUUGAUAGCCACUGGCCGCUUUGGCAAAAUAAAUUUUCCUGUUUUCUUAAAAGGGAUUCGAUAAAAUUGAAAAUAUCCACUACGAUCCACACUUAAAAACUGAACUCUGACUCGUUUGCGAUCAGGCUUAAGAAAUAGUGAUCUCCAUCAACAUUCUCCAUCAACAUUACACUUUCACAUCAUUAGCAGUUAUUGAGAAUUUAUGAAAUGAUCGAGUGAUCAGUGUCGACCUUAAAACGUUUUUGCGCCAAAAUGAUAAUAGGUAUCCAUUUGAAGAUGAUACAAAGGAACCCAAAAUAGACUUACCAAGUUUCGGACGAUGUUUAGAAAAUUGAAAAGGGCUGGAGAGCAUCACCGUUCAGGCUAAAUCCAGUCAGCGACAAUAAAAAUCAUUUAAGCUUACAUAAUCAACAACGACGUGAAUGCCCGAGUUUCUGACUUGACGGUCAUCUGCCACCGUCAGGAAAUCAUACGAUAUUGCUUCUCAAAUGAAUCCCUCAUUUAAUUUUCCCCAAUUCAUUAAUCCACGACCAAGUACCUUUUCGAGAUCUUCUCCGCACAACGAAACGCUUUCUCUGACUUCUCUGACCUCUUCCCGCUAUAUUUUCUAGUAGCUGGAAGGAAUUUACUCCUUCUUUGAUCGCUUUAAACCCGCUUUCGUCUGCAUUUCAUCGGCGCAAGUUAAAGGCUCGUGCUAAGGUUGAAACGUUAACAACAUGAUCUUUCCUCUUUGAAAAACCAAAUCUUGAUGGGUUGACUCGAGCGCCAGUACUAUCUGUACUAUCGACCAAAUCAUAAAUAGCUAUAAAUAAUCGGCCCUGCUACUUCCAAACGUCAUCUUUACAUAAAAAGCAUAAAAUUUUGACUUGCCGUGAAUUAUAUCUGUCGUAAAACCAUUUAGUCACUGAUACUGCGUACGAUAUUACCUUUGUUUGGCAAGCGAGGGUCCAAAGACUGAAGAUGCUUUUCCCGACGAACGCGCCACUUUCGUGCCGGCUUUCAAAUUCGCGCGAGAUCGCAUUGUGAUACAAAUAGUAUCUGUCUUUCAUCUCCGCUCGUCUUCCAUCAGUGACGCAAAGUACACAAGUCAUGACAGAUUAGUGGCUAUUAAUUGAAUCCUAAUUAGGUUUUUACAAGGACACCGGAAACUGAAACUUUCUCCCUGUGGUGAAUUUCAAAGUCGUAUGAAUCUCGUCAUGAUGAACGCAAUUUGCGCUCCGCUUUCAGCUGUGAUACGUCUCGGAUUUCUACCCUUUUUAUACAUGGGCGCUAAAAGUACAGUUGAUAUAAAAUACACUCAAGGUUUGAAUUCGUAGCUAAUGCCGACCCUCCCACGAGUGUAUUUCGCCAAGGUUUUGUAGUUGUUUACGGGGGUGAUGGCCUUCCAUAGGCCAGGCCACCUGGUUUCUGAGUUGCGUAGAUCGUUCUGUACAUUCAUUUUAACUGAGAUGCUGCCUACUAAAAGUACAAAAUUUAUGUCCUUAAUGUAUCGGGGGUUCUGCGCUGUCACAAUUACCCUGCAAUUUGCAACCGUAUUCAGUUAAAAGAUCACUCAAAAAAGUGGUCUCGGUCGCUCAUAAGAGGUGGUCCUGGGAAUCAUGCCCCUCCUGUUUAAUUGAUUGAAAGUGAUAUAAUACAAGGAGAACUAGAUGUUAGUCUUAUCUGCUUCUCUCAAUAGAUGUCCGCUUAGUCAAUGGUACAGAUUCCAUCCUGCAAGGCCGAGUGGAAGUAUUUAACAAUGGAACCUGGGGAACAGUGUGUGAUGACUCGUGGAACCUCACAAACGCUAACGUAGUUUGCAGAGAGCUUGGAGUUGAACGAGCUGUAAAAGCACACGUGUCUGCGACUUUUGGUCAAGGAAAUGGAACAAUAUGGAUGGAUGACGUAAGGUGUAGUGGUAAUGAAAGAUUAUUGACAGAGUGUCGUCACAACGGCUGGGGAAAACAAAACUGUGAUCAUAGUCAAGACGCAGGUGUAGUUUGCUCCUCAGGUGAGAAAGAAGGUCGUUUUAUGGCAAGAAACGUUUGGACCAAACGAUCCGCAGUACCAUGUAAGCAUAAGGGUACCGUAUUGGUACUUAAUUGGUACUUAAUUUCGCGAUUUUAAAUUAAAGAUUCGCGAGAUUAAUUAAAGACCCGCGAAUAAAAAUUUAGGACGCGUUUUUUUGGGGGAAUCCAAAUGCGGAUUAGCCUGCGAGCAAGCUCUCCUAUUUGGGCAAGCGAAGUGAGCCUCGCGAGACUCGCGUCACUCGCCCAAAUAGGAGAGCUUGCUCGCAGGCUAAAUGCGGAUCAGUUCCGAAUCCAAAAACGGAAUUGCGUGUUUUUGGGCAAAUCCAAGAACACAUCAUGAAUCCAUAAAAUCCACACUCAGGGUGGAUUCUUCGGACAUGACGGGCUUUGCUCACCAAAAAAAAUUAUGCAAAUUAGGCUAAGGGUAGAUUGAAUCUACCCAUGGCUUAUGAUUAACUGAAACGGGAGAUCACAAUUCGCGCCUUCAUACGACUGAGGUGUUACUUUGGGAUCCUCGGUAAUUACUUUUUUCGCACUUGCCGGCAUCCAAAAACACCCGGCGUGGGAAUCACGAGACGUGUAAAUAAGACAUUUCUUGACAUAAUAAAAAGGUUUUCCAGAUACGGACGCGCAUUUGUUGGCUUUACUCGCGUGGAGACACACGUCAACCCUUUGCCGACUCAUAAAAUAUUAAUAGAAGCUAAGGUUUACCACCCGAGAAACAUUUUAAUGACGGCCUAAAUCUAUUCUUACGGGAGGAAUGAAAUUAUUUGCAAUUAUGUCGAUCGAACAGUAUACUAUCUUCUUUCUAUUACUGUGUAGUCGGCUGGAACAUUACACAAAACGGCGUCAGCAACGAGGUUCGAUGUGAUAAAUUAAGUACAUUUACUUACCUGUGAUAAAUUAAUGUUUACUCAAUGAGAAUGAUUUAAUCCCAGAGAAACUACGAUUCCCGAAACAGGAACAUUUGGAAUUCUUGGACAUCAGUAACUACAACUGACUUAUAACCCCAUAACAGCUUCAUUUUAAUAGCGACUUGAUUCUAUAAUAAUAAACCGUGAGAUCUAACGCAAAGCUCACAGGGUACGGCGAAGGGAAGGUAACCAGAGGGUUUGAAGUAAUCUCGGGAACUUAACCCUAAGAUUCUAUUUUGCUAAAGUAAUGCUUUGAUUUAUUUAACGUACGAUAAUUGACUCGGUUGUGUUUUACAAACACAUUUUUUUACAACCCAAGCUUCUUAAUUAAGCCAGAGAAGGGAAUUUUUUGUCGUCGAUUUUCAUUGACAAAACCAUUUGUAAGAACUACUGGACAUGUGAGUGUUAUAACUUUUCAUUUGACGUUUUACAGUACGGAUAGCUCGGUAACAAGCGACAAGAUAAUUUCAUUUUUACAUACAUAUAUUAGCAUCGUUUGAAUUUAACGAAUAAUACUAAUAAUAAAAACGUUUUGAUGGUGUUAUCAUGAUUUUGGUUAAAACAAUUUUGUCACAUUGUGUCGCUGAAAGUUUAUCUCAUUACCCAAGCAAUAAUUGUAACUAAAGUAAAUUCUAUGUGAAUUUCUGAAAGAAAACUAAAGCAAAUCAGUGUACACUCCAUCACCUUCUGCAAAUUAUAGCCCCGUGUCAAAGAAAAAUAGUUUUAAAUCACUCAAUAAUGAUGUUGAUAAUAAUAGCAAUAAACAAUAAUAAUAAUAAUCCGAAACAGAACCAGUUAGUACAAAAUGAAAAUGACGAAAAUUAGGUCCUGUCAUCAGAUAACAACAGUCCACAAAUGAACUGACUACCCAAGAGAAACAGAACCAGUUAGUACAGAAUGAAAAUGAUGAAAAUUAGGUCCUGUCAUCAGAUAACAACAGUCCACAAAUGAACUGACUACCCAAGAGAAACAGAACCAGUUAGUACAGAAUGAAAAUGAUGAAAAUUAGGUCCUGUCAUCAGAUAACAACAGUCCACAAAUGAACUGACUACCCAAGAGAAACAGAACCAGUUAGUACAGAAUGAAAAUGAUGAAAAUUAGGUCCUGUCAUCAGAUAACAACAGCCCAUAAAGAACUGACUACCCAAGAGAAACAGAACCAGUUAGUACAAAAUGAAAACUGUGAUGAAAAUUAGGUUCUGCCAUCAGAUAACAACAGCCCAUAAAUGAGCUGACUACCCAAGAGAAACAGAACCAGUUAGUACAAAAUGAAAACUGUGAUGAAAAUUAGGUUCUGUCAUCAGAUAACAACAGUCCACAAAUGAACUGACUACCCAAGAGAAACAGAACCAGUUAGUACAAAAUGAAAAUGAUGAAAAUUAGGUCCUGUCAUCAGAUAACAACAGCCCAUAAAUGAACUGACUACCCAAGAGAAACAGAACCAGUUAGUACAAAAUGAAAACUGUGAUGAAAAUUAGGUCUUGUCAUUAGACUACCCAAGAGAAACAGUACCAGUUAGUUUAAAAUAAUAAUGAUAAAAAUUAGGUUUUGUCAUCAGAUAACAACAGCCCAUAAAUGAACUGACUACCCAAGAGAAACAAAACCAGUUAGUACAAAAUAAGCAUGAUAAAAAUUAGAUUUUGCCAUUAGAUAACAAAAGCCCAUAAAUAAACUGACUACCGAAGAGAAACAGAAUAAUAAAGCUAAAUGAUUUCUUUAAAUUGAAGUGACCAGAAAACAGAAAUACCUCACUGUAUUGGGAAUAAUUUGACUAAAAACAAACUUACCUCAAGUCUAAUAUCACUAAUAUGUAACUUAAGUCCGUAACAGAAUUUACAAGGCCAUCCGGUGGAAUGAUAUUCUGGCGAAGAACAUCAGUGAUCAAACGAACGUGGAAGCGACGUACACAGUAGCUGGCAUCAUGUUGAAUUCCACUUCGGCAUAGGCCGAUUUGGCGGGUUCAAGUUCCCGCGUUGCCACGUCUUUCGUCAGGAAAUCUCCUAAAUACUUCAUUUUUGGAGAAAACCGUCAGCCGGACUCCACAUAUUUCUUUUUUGAGUGCAUGCCAAUGCUUUUGGGGGUUGUAACCCUCGACAGACUCGAAAUGGGAAACGAAGACUCAUACCGUCGACGGUCGCCUUCACUUUAAAUGGUUUCGAAAUCAAAACCAUAGCGCUUUUGAACUUUGAAAGUCUAAGGUAGAAUAUUAAUUAAUUAGUAAGAAUUUAACUCGGUCACAUCGCAUGAUCGCUGCAUGACCAUCAAAAACAAAAAAAAUCGUACAUGUACGCUGCCGUCCAUUCAUUUGAGCGGCACUGGAAACAAGUUUUUGCGGCGCUUUGUCACACAUUUCCACAUGAAAUACCGGUCGCUCCUUCAAAAAUUUUAUCAAAGUGACAAAGGAAAUAUAAAAUUCUCUAACGUAAUGUCUUUUAACCCUCGCGUGCCCCGUCCAAAUCACCGGCAGUCCGAUCUGGAUUUGUUUAUCAUGUAAAUUACCCUACGGGUAGAUGACGCGAGCUUUUAUUUUUAAGAUACAUUUCGAAUGAUCAAAAUCUUUUUCAUUUUAAACAGAAAGGUCACGCCGCAAUAAAACGGUUGCGUGGGAUGCUGGCUCCUCGCCUUGCCUCGCGCUUAAAUGACGCGUCUCUCGCGGAUACUCGGUGUCUGGUUUACUUACUAUGUUCCGGUCGUAAUUAAUUUUAUGACACCAAGCAAACACCUUUCUAUCGCGUACUAGGGCAUCAAUUUCCGGCGCCUGCUGAGAUUUUUUUUCUUGAGCAAAGCUUCUCAUGAAAUCCAAAUCCGGAUUUUUGAGAUUCAAAAUCUGAGCGCUUUUUGGGGGAAGGAUUUGAAAAAAGUAUUUUUGGCAAGCGAUUUUUCGAACAAAAAUGGUACGCAACAGAUGCCGUACAUGUAUGACGUUCUAACUGAAUCUAUGUUGAUGGCGUCUUAAGUUUGAGCCAUAUUAGUUGCAUAAAAUUCCAUGUUUUUCAUCGAUUCACAUUAUUCGUAGACUUUUUUAUGAACCUUACUUGUCAUGUUUUUUGUACGUAUGUAGUGUCUGCUUUCGCCGGUUUAUUUUCCAAGUAAUUAAAAAAAACAACAACAACAACAAUUCAUCGACUUCAGUUUUAAAUUUUUAUAAUCUUACAAUCCUAAGGUGUAUUCUAUUCGAGAAACGUUUGUGUUUCAAACCGAAAUAUAUACAUUUCGUAUAUUCAUACCUAGCUCAUGUUACUUUUCCUUCUUGUCUUCGGCGCAGGAAUCAGUUUGUUUUUUGUUUUUUUUUUCUCUGUUUUUCUCAUCACGAGGAGCACCAGGACAUGCCGUUGUCUUCGUAAAUGAUCCUUUUUCAGAUCUUCCGUUUUUUUGUUAGGUGAAGAAUCCAUAAAAUCUGAGAUCACAAAUCUGUUUUUGGAUUCUCGCCGAAAAACCACACCCUUUGCCUAUUGAAAUCGCGAAUAUAAAACCCCGUGAAAUACGUAUGAGUGUCUCGCCAAAAUUUGCGAAAUUAGGUACCCGCGAAAUUAAGGACCAAUAACUAAAGGUAGAAGCUUGGAAACAAUGAUAAUUUUUGUUGUUCUGAUCGUUUUAGACACAGCAACAGACUAGAAAAUUAUCGUUUGUCUCGCAAUGUACAUGUCGUUUUCUCUGAUGAACCAUUCUCUCCUACAUAGAAGCAUAGCUAAUUGAGUGGAAUGGUUAUGAAACCCGUCAGACUCCUUUGUUAUAUGUUUUUGUGGACCUGAAAGUGCACAACGUUCAAAAGAAUUCCUAUCAUUUUGAUUGUAUUGACCAAUAAAAACGUUGCAUUAAUUUAUUCCGUAACAAUUUGCCAACAGAAAACAAAGGAUUGUGCACUUUCACGGUGCUUUGAACAUAAACUGCAGCACUGUUGUUUUUAUCAUUGAUGUUUGCCGCUUUUCAUAACCAGUCUCCUCUAAUAACUAUGAUAGAAGUAGCCGGUUUGCUGACAAAUCAAGCCAGCGGGACUAUCAGUCUAUUAUCGUAUCGAAGUGGAAAGGUGGAAAUGUGCAGGGGAACAAUCGUCCUUUUCUGAUUAGUGAGUGUGUGAAGUGUUAGAUGUAGUCAAACAAAUUUCACGAAGGGGUGAAGUAACCGAGACUAAGUAAUUGAAUAAGGCAAAGUAAACCUAGCCUUCUAAAGCUAAGCUCAAAUUAAGAUAGCCUAUAUCUGUCUAUGAUACAAAAUUUUUCAGAUGUCCGGUUGCUUGACGGUGGUGACUUCACUCAUCACAAGGGCCGUGUGGAAAUUUAUUACAAUGGGUCCUGGGGAACAGUGUGUGAUGAUGGCUGGGACCUUGCAGACGCUAACGUAGUUUGUCGACAGCUGGGAUUUGAAGGAGCUUUAAAAGCAACUAAGUUAGCGGCCUUCGGAGAAGGAACAGGAAAGAUAUGGAUGACUUACGUUCGGUGCACAGGAAGUGAGAGCGCAUUAAGGGAAUGCAGACACAGUGGCGUGGGAGGAUACAGUUUCUGUGGUCACUAUGAAGAUGCUGGUGUUGUUUGCAAUUAUGCAGGUCCUUUAUAUUUUAUAGUGGCCUUUAAUUAAUGGCCUUUUAUUUUCCCUUUUGUUGGCAAUACCAUAGAUUCCUAACCUGAAAACUUACAUUGUUAGAACUGGUGCUUUCCAAUGCUUCCAAGUUGAUAUCCUUCAGUUUUGUGUCUUAGUGAAUUCUUAAUUUAAUCAUUCUUUUUACAUUUCUUUCUAAUUCUAUCUGACCAGCACGUUUAGUACAUAAGCAGUCACACAGUGAAGGUUUAGUGCAAGUUUACUACAGAGACGUCUGGCACUGGGUGUGUGCUGAUCAGUGGGAUAAACAAGAUGCAGAUGUGGCUUGCAGAAUGAUGGAUUUUGAGGGAUCAUUAUCAGCUAAUUUUACACUUCAGGAGAAAAAGCGAAAAGGAGUGGGGUUGUGGCUGAUUAACAUGCAAUGUUCUGGACAUGAAUCUUCUCUCCUUUUGUGCGGCCAUGACAUUUCAGAGAGAUCACACAAAUGUAAAGGAAAAAGAGAAGCUGGUGUAAAGUGCAAACCAAAGGGUAAUAUAUAUCUGAAUAAUGUCUUUGUCUUCAAUACCGAUAAAAAAAUCAGGUCAAAUAUCCGUUGAAAAGAACGGAAACUCUCCCAGCGUGUCUUUGAUUUGUCUUGAUACGAAAGCAUGCGGGACUUUUUGGCGGUGAAAGCAGCGGACACAACUCAGGUCCCCCCACGCAAGGGAGUUUUAUUAGCUGCUCCCUCUCGUAACAUGAGCCUUGUGUACCUGUGCACACACCUGCAGAAAUCCAGCCAAAAUAAGAAUCCACAAGAGAUCUAGAGUGAGCAACCUGUCAAACGUACAAAACAAAGAAACAAAGAAACAAACUGGGUAUACAUAAAACUUAAAAGCCGAGAUUUCAGCCUCUAAAAAAAGGGUAACUGAAAUGAUAGGCCUUUGUCAGGACGACAUUGAACCACAUAACCGUAUUUUAACUUUCUUUUGUUUUCGAUUAGGAGCCAAAACGACAAAUCUAACUUUGAAAAUAAUUUGUUCCACAACAGCUCGUUUAGUUGGUGCUGACAACAUGGAAUCUUUCGGUACUGGCCGAGUGGAAGUGUUUUACGAGGGAACUUGGAACCCAGUGUGCGGUGAAAGCUACUCAGAUGAUAUCUGGGAUCUGAAGCAUGCCAACAUAAUCUGUCGUCAACUUGGAUUUCCAGGAGCUCUGGUUUUCAGAACUGUUACAGCAACUGUCGGCAAAAACAAUUCAGAUCAAACAAAAAAUUGGUUUAAAGCGCGAUUAUGUGUGGGCAAUGAAACGUCGUUAACAAUGUGUCAUCGAAGCGGGUGGUCGAACUACUGUAGUAAUAACGAGGGUGCUCAUGUAGAGUGCAUUGCAGGUGAUUAACUUAAAAUCCUUUGCGAAGACAAUGAUUUAAGAUAUCCUUGAUAAGAAUAUACGAUCAAGAUAUUUCCCUCUACACUGUAAUUUUUAGGGAGUUAUUAUAACUCCAAAAAUGGAGUAAAAAUUUUAGGUACAGGAUAACCCCUUUUUUGGGGUUAUUUUAACUCCUAAUUUAACUCCGAAUUUGGGGUCAUUUUUACUCCUGAAAAAGAGUUCUUUUUACUCCCAGUCUUGGAGUUAACAUUACUCCGAAAUGGGGUUACUUGUACUCCUUACAGGGGUUGUUUUUACUCUUUUUGGAGUUAAUUUAACUCUGAAAGUGGAGUAAAAAUUUUAGGUACAGGAUAACUCCUUUUUUGGGGUUAUUUUAACUCCUCAAUAUCUGGGGUCACUUUUACUCCUGAAAAAGAGUUCUUUAAACUCCUUUUUGGAGCUAAAAUAACUCCAGGAAAAAUAACUCCACUGUAAGGAGUUAAAUUAGCCCCACUAGAGGAGUUAUUAUAACUCCCUGAAAAUUACAGUGUACAUUGUAAUGUAGCCAGUCAGGUACCGCACUAAUAUUUAUUUUUGUCUUCAUUUAUGCAUGAAUUACCUCGCAAAGUUGGUUACCUGAAGUUUUAGUGUACUUUUCACAUAUAUUAACUUUUAUUCUUACGUUCGACGUAAGAGGAACGCAACACAUAAUCUUGGGAUUCCUGUGGUACUUGGAUGUCCCGUAGUGCUCAAGAGUGACCUUUUCAGGAAGCAUUUUUCGUCGUACUUCUGCAUUUUGUGCGCCAUUUUGAAUAAUACAUUUACUCCGAGUUCCAGAAAAUAUCACUUUCACUGCUACACGUAUACCUUUCUCUGCUAAUAUACAGGUCAAAUCGAGCUGUAACUUCCUAGAAAGACACAAAUAAAUACAGUUAACACUAUUUUGUGCCGUGAGGAAUUUACCCGUGCGUUUGAGUCUAUCAGUGAGUAUUUUUAUAUAUUUGUAGUUUUUGCUUCUCACGUGCACGAAAAAUAUGCACAUUCUGGGAUAAAGUACAUAUAAAGAAUUUUACUCACGUAUCAGUGAUUAUGUUUAUCACAUAUGUAAUGCUUUAUCCUCGUCUGAUAAAUCUACGGCGGAUUUUGUUGAUUAGACCAUCUCGGCCGCCAAGAAAGUAAAAUAUGAUGAAUUGACCUACAUGAACUGAAAUUAGGCAGAUGAACAGUUAGUUCGCAUAAUGUAAAAAGAUUUUUCUGUUUCACCUGUCGUUCCUAUAAUCAUUUUCACAUCAAGUUGUGUCACGCAGGAAGCCAGUUUUACCUUCGAGGUCAUCUUGCUUUAAUUUAAAGUUUGGAGUGAUAUGUUUAAUUAUCUUUUUCACAAAAUAGGAUUUUUUGCGAGUUGUACUUCACAUUUUGAUCUACCAUAGUUGAAGCCGUUUACGCGAAGAGUAUAGAAAGAAUGUUUACUUUGUAAAAAGUUUUUCGUGAUCUAAGUUUCCCUACUUUAAAAUAUAAUGCUUGACGGUAUAAAGUUUAACGUGGAGCUAUGAAGAAAAGUUAUUAACUCGAACGCACUUAUUAAUCGAUGAUUACCUGAAUAGUAUUUAUAUAAAUGCUGAGAUGCAAUCACUGAAAAACUAAGUCGUAAACUUUCAAACGCGAAUGAGUUAUAGCCAAUCAGAGGAACUAACGCUGUUUUUAUCACGUGAGAAAAAUAGUACGUCCAAUCAGAAUCGCAAAUGAUAUCAUUUCACGGGUGUGAAAAAAAGGCGUCUCAAUCAAAAGCCACGGAGGUGUGAGAGUCUCGUGCAAAGUUUCCCGCCUUUUAUGGGUGCUUUCAGCGCUUCACUGCUACGACCUCUCUCGCGGUCAUUCAAAGACAAAAUUGGUUGAGACUAUAAAGGAGAGUUUUUCUCGUAGACAAGUGAGCAAUUCAGUGACAUUUCGAGAAUAGCUUCCUUCAUCCAUUGUAACGGAAGAAAAUUGUCUGUUAGCCUGCAAAACGACAGCUUGAUAUAUAAUUUUGCCUUGUGUUAUUCCAACCGGCUUUUCCACACCAAUUGCCGCUGAUUUUGCAAUCGAUCAUUUUUAACUGAUUUUAAAAAAAAGUUGAGAUCACUUGUGGUUCCUGUGUUAUUUAUAUCAGUUACCCUUGUUAUAAUUUCAGUCUAUUUUUGUCGAAAUAUUAAGUUCACUUGUUUUCUUUGUCAUUUUUUUUGUGUAGCGGCUAGUUUUAACAUUUUAGCUUUAAAAAAAGAGUAAUAUAAAAGACUGGUGGAAGAAUGAUGAAUGUCUCAGUAUAUGCACCUAAUAAACACAUUACGACAUGGAAGGUGCUUUGUACGAUAUUUAUUUACUUGUGUUUUUGUAUGAAAUAUGGAACAAGUGAGCGUAACUGGCGAACGAAUGAGAUUUCUUAAUACACGAUAUUAACUUAUGCAUAAAUUCUGCACCUUUCUGUCCUUUCAUAGCUCGUCUUGUCAGUGGUCGUACAUCCAGUGAAGGACUUGUUCAAGUUUACUACGACAAAACUUGGGGCUGGGUGUGUGCUAAUCAAUGGGACAAACACGAUGCUGAUGUGGCUUGCAGAAUGCUGGACUUUGAUGGAGCGUUAACAGCAGAUAUUGUGUACACAGAAAAGAAGAAGAUUGGAGAGGGUCGGGUGUGGUUGAAGAGCUUGAGUUGCGUCGGAAAUGAACGUUCCUUAUUUGAGUGCGUUCAUGAAGGUCUCGGGUCACACGACUGUGAAGGUGAAAGGAAAGCUGGUGUACUAUGCCGAUCAAAAGGUGCGAAAUACGACUGAUCGGUAACAAAGAUAAAUGCGAGAUUUACAUUUGUGAAUCUACUCGUAGGCCAAUAACAAACCCUCAGUCUUUUAGCAGAUAGGAUAUAUGUGUAAAUUUGCUUGUGGUAGUUUCAACUGACUAAUAUUGUUAUUAAAAAAAAAUUCUGACUUCUGCACUAUGCAUUUAAAGUUCCUUUUUAAAUUUUUUUUUUAUUUAUUUAUUUUUUUUAUUUUCCUUAUUUUACUCUUAUAUCAGGCGAAGAGCCAUACCAUGGAUGUACUGAUAUUAAACCGUUAUCAUUAUUAUUAUUAUUAUUAAAGUUGCAGCUAACUUUUCUUUUCACGGCAGUUCGAUUGGUUGGUGGAGGUAAUGUGACGUCGCAAGGCCGAGUGGAAGUGUUUCAUAGAGGAACCUGGGGAAGAGUUUGUUUUGACUACUGGGAUUCAAGGGACGCUAACGUGGUUUGCAGACAACUCGGCUUCGAAGGAGCUUUGUCAGCGAUAUCGAGUGCGGCUUUUGGAAAAGGAAAAGGAAUUGUGUGGAUGGAUAACGUAAACUGUGCAGGGAAUGAGAGCUCAUUAACAGAAUGUGAACACAAUCAAGGACCAUCAGUGUACUGUAGUCGUUAUGAAUUCGCAGGUGUGGUAUGCACGACAGGUAGGAAAAUAUUUUUCACUGUUUUUGAUUAAGCUAUUCCACGGUUACUUAGUCUCAAUAGUGAGCAUCACGGCAGAACAACUGGGAGUUCGCACACCGCGCUUAAUGCGAGGGCAAGAGAGGCCGGUCACUCUUUUUUCUGCAACGGUAAGCAAACUCUGGAAUUGAGCUUACUUUUAAAAUUAAGGACUUCUAGUUCAUGCAAUUAAUGUUUUAAAGCUAGUUUAUACAGACAUUUUCUGUCUUUUCAAGAAAGGCACAAGCAGCUGGCAACGUUUCAAACUUGUAGUUUUUAGACUUUUCCUAUUUGUUUAUAUGUAGUUUCUAGCCUUAUCCACUUAUAAUUAAUUUUACUUUUUUAUAUAUAUUUUUAACAUUUUUAUAUUUUUAAUUCCAUAGGUGAGGACCACAAGUUUAUUAGUGUUUUUCCCCUAUUACGUGUCACCCUCGUUUAAGUCCCAAUAGUGACCAACAGCAAUUUUCUCCUCACGAUAUCCAUGCAUUGUCAUGAGAUGAGGUUACGAGAAUUAAUAAAAUGAUCACCCAAGAGAAAAUGCCUUGAUCUUUUAUCAAAUUCUCUUAACUAAUUCUUAAAGGAAAUGUAUAGAGAUCAGUUUGGAGAAUUUGUGUGUGGAUAUUGGGACUUAAAUGUUUAAAUAAAGUUUGCUUGAUUGAUUUAUUGUUUGAUUAAAAAUUGAUUUAACCAAUCAACGUUACUGUGAUCAUUUACAUUUAACUUCGAAACAAAGUACUUGACUGUAGACCCUACCUCUCAUGCUUUUUUUUUUUUUCGUCAGCUCGUUUAGUUGAAGGAAAAUCUCUCCGAGAAGGACUGGUGCAAGUUUACCAUAACAACACUUGGGGCUGGGUUUGUGCAGAUCAGUGGGACAAACACGAUGCUGAUGUGGCUUGCAGAAUGCUGGGCUUUCAUGGAUCACUGUCUGCGUUUUAUGAUAGAGAAAAAACCAUUCAGGCGAAACCCACAGCAUGGCUUAAUAGCAUGCAAUGUACUGGAAACGAAAGUUCUCUCUUUUUAUGUGAGCAUGGCGGUUUAGGAACACGUGACUGCAGGGUUAAAGCUGGUGUUGUAUGUCAGCCAAAGGGUAAGAUAAAAGCAGAAAGAAAAGUACUAGACAUUUAGAAUUUAAAAUUUAUUGUUCUAAUACUUUUAAGACGCACCGUGUGAUUGUGAUGUAUUGGAAGACCGUAUUGCCCGUUGACAGACAUACCUCAUUUAAAUACUGAAUUUGUUACAGGUUAACAAUAUUAUUGUUAUUUGAAAGCGAGGUGAAUAAUGGCAGAAUGCCGUGGGUAACUACUGCUGGUGCCAACAUUCAGCAACAUUUCAAAGAAUAAUGAUUAAGUUUAUUUACAACGGCAAAAUGAUAUUCAUCGUCGCAAAAAAAAAAAGAAACAGUUCCAGGCAGCCCUCAUAUAUUUGCUGCCAUUUACUGCCGCUCUAGACUUGGUUUAAGUCAUCAAUCGAGUGAAAUGCAUUAUAGGAUAAAGAAUUUUGCACUUUUUGACUCCAAAUGUCGACAUAAUUUAAGAAACGUGAGUAAAGUUACUUGCCGUAUGCUUUAAGCGUGGUCAUUUGCGUUUUGGUAACGUUUUAAAUCGCUUGAAGUAAGCUUCCCCACGUUUUCUUCUCGAUAUUUGUAGCAAACUAUGGUCAGCUAUAGCGUGAACGGUUUCCAGUAAUUCAAGCGGAUGUUCUUUUGAUGGCAACUUCGCAGCCUUCCCCCGCAUAAUUAAAAAUCUGGUUAACAGUUUGCUCGGAGCAGUUUGCAAACGUUGCAAGCAUCCUUGAAGGCUAUCAAUGACUACUCUUAGUCUUUUUUCGCACGCGAACUUGUUAGCGAGUUUUCUUGUUCAUCUUGCUCUGUUGAACUGCAAAUCGCUGUAUUUACUCCUCCCAUUCUUAAAAUAGAUAAAUUAAUAAAUUAAUAAAUAACGAUAACCGUUUAAAAUCUUUCCUUCCUUUAAUCACAGUUAGAUUGGUUGGUUGGGGUAAUGCUACAUCUCAAGGCCGAGUUCAAAUGCUUUUCAAUGGAUCAUGGGCAGGAGUUUGCGGUACCCACUGGGAUAUAAAGGAAGCCAACGUGGUUUGCCGUCAGCUUGAGUUUCAAGGAGCUGUGGCAGCAGCUACAUCCUCGGAUUUCCCAGGAACAAAAUUGAUGUAUGGAAUUCAGUGUGCAGGAAAUGAGAUGUCAUUAAUACAGUGUCGCCACGAGAUUUUUAACGGCUCCUAUUGUUUAUACAAGGAGGCUUGUGUAGUAUGCAUAUCAGGUACGUACAGCGUAGAAGUAAAGGCUGUGUCGUGCUGA